AGUCUCUGUGCCAACAACAACUCCAAUAACUAAGUUCCAAGUGAUAACUAUUUUUAAUUGCGUUCAAGAAAAUAUGUUGUAUUUUUUAAUUCUUUUUUUAACAACUUGUGGGGUUCAGUUGGUUUUAGGGAGUAAUUGGUCUUAUGGAGAUUCUGAUUCUUGGCCUGGAGUGUGCCAAACUGGAUCUGCUCAAUCCCCAAUAGAUUUAAUUCCAUCCAAAACAACAGAUCGAGUGUAUUCAGCAUUUAUCUUUGAAAAUUACGACAAAGCUUACCAAGGAAGAGUUAAAAAUAACGGACAUUCUAUUGCAAUUACUUUACUAAAUGGUACAGAUGGAGCCCCUAUAAUUACUGGAGGUGGGUUAAACGAUAAAUACAUCUUAGAUCACAUCCAUUUCCAUUGGGAAUCAGAACAUACAGUUAAUGGAGAAAGUUUCCCUCUUGAAAUGCAUUUAGUGCAUUACUCAAUAAAGUACUCGAGCUUAACAGAAGCAGCAGAAUCCCAAGGAAUUGCGGUUUUAGGUGUAUUUUUCGAAAUAUCUCUUGAUGACGACGACGAUUUCAUUCCGUUAGUUGAAGUAAUGGAUAGAGUUGAGAAAAAUCCAUCGCAAGAAGUCGCCUUAGAAAGAAUGAUUUCACCGAAAAGUUUCCUUCCAAGGCACACAUCAGAUUAUUUUAGGUAUCAGGGUUCUUUAACAACCCCUGGAUGUAACGAAGGAGUUACUUGGACCCUUUUCCGAAAACCUUUACCAAUUUCCGCCGACCAAUACACCCAUUUUGAAUCAAUUUGGUCCGAAGAAGGACCUUUAACGUUAAAUUUCAGAAAGGUGCAACCUUUAAACGGAAGAACUGUUACUUUAAGACAAUCCCCGGGUCGUUCUUAUAAUGGAAAAGGAUUUGUUGUUCAAAGUAAUGUAGUUUUAACUAUUUUAACAACACUUUUUGCGUUUAAAAGUUUCUAUUAAAAAAAUGUACUUAAAAACAUGCAUUUCCCCCAAUUACAUUAUUAUUUUUGUUACCAAUUAAUGUGUUCUUCUCAGGGUAAAUAAUAAGGUUUAUUAAUUAAUAUUAAUUUUAAGUGUACUAGUCACGUUGCAAAUUGGAUUUAAAAAAAAAUUGUAUUUAAACAACUUUUAGAUCUGGAGGAUUAUCUUAAAGAGUUAUUGUUGCAUUUUUGUGAUAUUUCAGCCAUACCUUUACAUAAAUUAUUAGUGUAACAUUGAUUUAACUUUAUAUUUAAGGUGUAAAUAAUAAAAUGUUUAAAUUUAAUUAUUUUUUUGAAUUUAAAUAAACGUUUGCA